GUCCGCUGUUUGCGAAUUCGCAUUCGCUGUUGCUUUCUCCAUUUCCUUCAAAGCAAGAGGUCUUGAACAACGUCGGAGAGAGGCGAGGUUGGCGGAUCAAAAGCGAUUUUCCAGGCGCUCUGGUGGUGGUGCCGGGCGAGAAGCGAAGUCCUCGCGGUUCGGUGUCUCGACGAAACGCACCGCCGGCGCGGCGUCUGCGCUCUGCACAGACUCGCGCUUCUGCUCCUCUGUGCUUUUUUCCUUCUCUUUUCGUUCGCCUCUUCAAACGAAACGCGCGAACUCAGGAGACCCUCGCGCAACACACCGCGCGCGGGCGCAGGAAGGGGAACAAACGCGCUUGGCCGGCGUUCUCUCUUCGGCGCAGCGUUUUCUUCCACCACAUUCUGCUUCACAGGUCUUCUCGCCUUCGUCUCGUCCGCGAAAAAAACAGCGUCCAGAGUCUUUCCGUCCACCAAAGGUUCCACCCGUCGCUUUCUCCUCGUUGCAUUUUCUUACUCUGCGUACUCGUCUCGUACACCUCUUCUCUCUUCGAGUUUCCUCGUCCGCCGUCGCGCUCGACCUUUCUCUCCGUUCCGAGCGUUGUCUCCGUCCUCUGCCCCGCUCUCCUGUCUGUCUUUUCGUUUUCCCCUUCGCCAGACUCCACCGUCGUCUUCCUCGCUCUCUUCUGUCUCCCCCCUCGGUGCCUCGCCUCGGCCUGGCCUCGUGGAAGCGUUGCCGCCGCGUCCGCUUUCUUCAGCGCAAGAGAACGACCAUGGCGCAGGACGCGACUGCGGCGCCUCCAGCUGGCGCAGCCGGCGCAGCCGAGAAGAAGAGCGCGGCUUCUUCGCCUCUGCUCACUCUCUGCAUCGCCGUCGAACAGCUGCGGCAGGGCGUCGAGCAGCAAGACGAUCGCCAAGUCACGCGCAUGUUUCGCCAGUUCAAGACUCUUCGCACAACUUGCACUCCACACACUCUGCUCCUCGUUGCUUCGCGCCUCCUCUGGAACUCCGAUCCCGGCAACGCGAAGGCGAACGCAGAACCUGAACAAGGCGCAGGCUCCUCCGCUCCAGCGACGACUGCAGACGCCGCGCGGUCGACUCGCGACGAGGCGACGCUCGCCUUCUGGAAGGCCAUGCAACGCGCUCUCCACGCCGCGGGCGCCGAGGACGGAACCCAGGCGAUGGACGUCGACAUUCCGCCCCCCCCGGCGGAGUCCUUCCCCUUGGCGGCGAAAGACUUCGCCUCUUGUUUGCCCGAGGUCGAGGCGCUGCUGGCGCUGCUGCUGCUCCUUCGUCUGAUCGACUCGCGCCGCUUCGCUCAGGCCGUCGAGUUCGGCGAUCUGCUCGUCGACCGCGUUCUCGGAUCGACGCCUGUCGGCGCGCCUGCGCCCUCUGGCGCCAGUGAGACGCCGCUCUGGAGAAGGAGACGCCUCGACCUCGUCGGCGCCAAGUGCAUCUUCUACUGGUAUCGCGCGCGCGAGCUCGACCGAGCUCUCACACCUCACGUCCGAGCAAAACUCCUCAAUGCGUACACCGUCGCCAGUGUCCAGCACGACACGAUGACGCAAGCGACGGUGUUGAAUCUUCUUCUUCGAAACUACAUUGCCUCGAACCAGUACGAACUCGCUCUCAAACUGAUUUCCAAGGCCUGCUUCCCGGAAAACCUCCGAUCGAACGCGCAGCAAGCUCGCCACCUUUACUACCUCGGAUGUAUUCAAGCUGUGCGCCUCGAAUAUAGUGCGGCCUUCGCCAAGCUCCAGUUGGCCCUCCGCAAGGCUCCGCAGCAGCCGCGCGUAGCUGCCGGCUUCCGCCUAGCUGUGUUGAAGAAAGCAAUCGUCGUCGAGCUGUUGAUGGGAGACAUUCCUGAAAGGGCCAUCUUCAGCCGCAAGGAGACCCGCGCUGCUCUCUUGCCGUACAAACACAUCGUGCUGGCGGUGCGUAGCGGCGACUUGCAUGCGUUUGCGCGAGUCAUGUCCGACUUUGAAAAAGCGUUCAUCAAGGACGGGACUCUCUUCCUCAUUCGCCGCCUCCACCACAACGUCAUUCGCGCGGGGCUUCGUCUGAUUUCUCUGUCUUACUCUCGCAUUUCACUCGAAGAUGUAGCGGAGAAGCUGGGACUGGACAGCGCGGCGUCUGCAGAGAACAUCGUGGCGAAGGCGAUUCUCGAUGGCGUGAUCGAAGCGGCGAUCGAUCAUGAGAAGAAGUGCGUGGAAUCCAAGGCAAGUGUGGCGAUCUACUCCUCGACAGAGCCGCAGAAAGCCUUCAACAAGCGCAUCACCUUCUGUCUGCAGCUCCACACAGAUGCCGUCAAGGCAAUGCAAUACCCAGAAGCAGAGGAAACGCAGACACGCGGCUUCGACGACGUGGAUGAACGCCGGAAGGCUCUGCAGGAGGAAAUGGCUAGGGUCGAGGAUGAGGAGCUGGACGAUGACGAUUUGGACAUGCUUUAAAAUAAAAACGAGGGACGCACAGAUGCGUUUGAGGCGCGUGGUAGAAUGGGACGUAGGGAAAAACACAGGAGACAGGAGCAGCAGUUUUUUACGCUCUGGGGAGAGACUGAGGAGGGAAGACGACAUGGAAGGAAAAGCCAGAAACAGGCGAGCUUGGUGGCUUUCCACUUGUCUGCUGUGGAAGCUCAGUGCUCAAGGCAGAGAGCACUGGCUUGGGGAUCCAAGAAACUGUGCUCUCGUCAAUAAGAUUCGUAGUUCAAGGUCUUUCGCAUUCAGUACGAAUCAAAUCGCAACUGAAGCUCGAUCAACUGUUACACACUUUAGAAUGAUGUUCCUAGGCCGUACUCCCGUUAUUAAGAC